UUGUCAGCAGCCCAGUUUAAGGAGAGACUCUGGAAGGAGCCCCCAGCGGAGCACUGCUGGAUUCCUGAUCCCCUGAGACCACGAGGCAGCGUUUGUGGGUUCAGCCACUGAGUGUGGGGAAGUGCGGUCGCACAGCCCUGGGAGAAGGGCACUGAUACUGACCAACUUCCCGGGCCCUGGACCUCCUCCCCUCCCACUCUGGUCCUUCCUCAGCUUCUCUGGCCACCCUGGCCCCCUUUCUAACCUCCAGUCCUCUGCUCCAUGGUGCCCUCCGCCAGGUGGAAUGCACUCGCAUUUGUGCAGGGCUGUCUCCUUCUUUUCCUCCCGCAGGAAUUCUCCGUGUCAUCUCAGCACAGCCUUGUCAUACCCCUCACCGGGUGGAGUUCGGGCCUUAGUUGUGUCCCUUGCUCUUUUGCUGUGGAGCAAUCGCUUUUUCUGUUCACAUUUUGGUUUCUCGUUUGUCCAUCUUCUCCUCUAGACCCUGAGCUCUCACGAGGAGAACCCGCUGGGCUGAUAAGCCCUGGCACCAUCUGAGUGCGCAGUGCCCAGUGGCUGAAUGAACGGGAGACAGGAUCUGUCCCAGCACAGACCAGCUCCGUUGUUUGAGCCUCACUGAUUUUAGUCCUGUGAGCCCAGAGUCCCUCCCCCAUCGGCCUUCUCCCUCCUUGGGAUGACAUGCACCUCUGAUGCCAUCAGCACAAGAAGAAAGAUGACAAGGAAAUACACACAGGAGGGUGUUUCCUGCCAGGUCUUGAAGGCCUCAAGCCCCAACCUCAGAAGAAGAUUCUGAACCACCUCAAGAGCUACCUCUAGCUCCCACUGUGGUGCCUGCCGCAGCUUCAGAGCCGAGGGGCCUGGAUGGGAACCAGUUGUGAGUGUGAUACAGCUAUGGAUACAGCCGAGGGGAGGCACCUACCUGAAGGAGCCUACUGCAAAGUUUCUAUGGACAACCAGGUGCAUGAUUGAAAGACUUAGGGGUCUUCCCCUGUGGGGGACAUUCCUGGCUUAAAAGUGUUCAAGCGGUGAAGCGGGGCGAUAUCCCAGGUGUGACAGCAUGAUCUCAGGAUCCCGGGGGUCCCCAGAAGACCAGCUGGGGCCCGAAUGCUUCCGAGUUCCCAGACAUCAGUUAGGGAGGAUGGCUGAAAACCAGGAAGCUAGGUCCCGGCUUUCUGCUCUGGGAAGCAAGCUGGGCCCAGACACCACCUUAUUCCAUCCAUAAAGUCUCACACAUCUCGCCAUUCUGGUUGCAAUGAAGAAAUGGACUGUACACCAGAAUUUCGUACCUGUGGGUUAUGCCCAGGAUUUAAGGUGCUAGAGAAACAUUUUUUGACAUAAGGAUGGAGAAAUGGUUCCUCCACAACACCUACUGGAAGGACAACUGAAGGAUUAUUUCAGCACAGGAAGUCAGACCUGCAGGAGUGAAUGGGAAACAAAGAGCCCGGUGGGGGAAAGCGCAAACGCAGUCCCCCACUACCACAAAUUAUGCAGUUGAGUUUCCUACAUUUGGGGAAAUCGCAGGGGUCAGCACAUCCGGAAUGCAAUGGAUAAGCCUCGCCCUGAGAAAACCACCUUCGUGAUCAUGGACAAUAAAAGAAACAAACACGAUGCAGGAAUGUCUACUAGUACUGGUUCAUGUACGAGAACACAGUCAAGGAUCACCUCCAAGACCUUUGGCGAUGCAGCGUGGUUGAGGAGGAUUCCUGCCAGAAGUCCUAAGACAUUUGAGAAACUAUUAUCCAACCUAUGCCUGUGGACAUCUGAUAGAAAGACAUGCUGGAAUCAUCCAUCUUUUGCAGAGAAGGGACCAUCCCUGUCAGGCACAAUGGCUUAUCUAAGGUCCAAACCAGAAGUUGGCUGAAACCACCCCCGCGAUGCCUCAGGAUAUUUCGAGGGAGACGCCAUAAGAACGCUCCAGAGGACAUGGUGCAGGAGCUGAAUGUCGACAUCCCCUGCUAUCCUUCCCCGAAGGACAAGAAGCCACACAGGGCCAACAGAGUCUGGCGCUGGCUCAGGGGGGAAAAUGGCUCAACGAGGAAGAGGAAUAAGACCUCGAUAGUAUGGAACACUCGUGCCACUUCAUUGGAGGCCGCAAUAGAUUACCUGGUGACUGCCGUCAUAAAACAAGAUCUAAACUAUGUUCACUCGUUUCUGGAAAUAUACCGCACCUUUACUACCACCCAGGAGGUGCUGGGCCUCCUCUUUGCAAGAUUCGGAUGUGUUUACUCCACGUAUGACGAGGUCGGCGGACCCCAGGAGCAGUGCAACAUGGCCGUCUAUGCCAUCCUGGAUAUGUGGGUGGAAAGGUAUCCAGGGGAUUUUGUGCAGCCUCCGGAGUUUCCCAACUUGCAUGCUGUACUGGCCUACCUGCAGGUCAAUGUGCCUGGCUCGGACCUGCAGCGCCGUGCCCAGCUUCUGCUGCCAGAAAGGCAGCGCGCUGAGACCACAGAGCCAGAGGCUGGGGCUACAGCACCGGCCCCAGAGCCAGAUCAGGAUGUGCCUGGGGAAGUUGUUCCAGCAGUCACUCUGGCACCCGCUGCACGUCUGGGGCCUGAGCUGGCCCCCGCCAUCCCUGCUGCGGCAGGUCACUAUGGGUUAGGAAGACCAGUGACCCCCCCUGACCCGUUGGGGCCAGGGCAGAUGGUCGUCAGGGCCCUCGUUCACUUCUCUGCCACGGAAGAGCCACCUGGCCUUUUGACUUUCCUGGAUGACCCGCAGGGUCCUGCCCACGAGCUGCCGCCACUUGCCUCCGUGGAGCAAGCGGGCUCGGUCCCUGAGCUGCCGCCGCCUGCCUCCGUGGAGCAAGCGGGCUCGGUCCCUGAGCUGCCGCCGCCUGCCUCCGUGGAGCAAGCGGGCUCGGUCCCUGAGCUGCCGCCGCCUGCCUCCGUGGAGCAAGCGGGCUCGGUCCCUGAGCUGCCGCCGCCUGCCUCCGUGGAGCAAGCGGGCUCGGUCCCUGAGCUGCCGCCGCCUGCCUCCGUGGAGCAAGCGGGCUCCGCUCCUGAGCAGCACCCCGUGCUUGCUACAACCAGAAAGCAUGUCUUUCCCAUCCUCCUCGUUGCUUUUUUUGUAUUUCUUCUGUUUUGUGUAUAUGUAUAUAAUUACAUACUAGGUUUAAUUAAAGAUAGUAGAAUUUGAGUUUACAUAAAAUUU